AUGUCGACUAAUUCUCGUCCAAAACGUUAUCUUCUUCUUCCAUGUUAUCCAACAACAUCAUCUGAUGAUGACCUUCUAUUAACGAAUGUAUCAAUCGAUGAACUCGAUGAAAGUCAAUUGAUACAACGUCAAUUGUUUGGUUAUCAUCAACCAACAACCUAUCAAAAUGAUCAUGAACAAUGGAUCGAUAGUUUAAGUCAAUCUUGGAAUAUUCAUCGAGAUAUAUUACAAUUUAAUUUAAAAAAAAUGUUAACCUUACUUAAUCAAUUGGCUUAUAAGCGAAUGUAUCAUUUUUCCACUCAUCCUCAAGAAGAAACUCUUUAUGAAAAUGAAUAUAAAAUUGCAUUAGAAUUCUAUCUUCAAAUGGAUUAUAAUCUUUUCUAUAUGAAAACAUGUUCAUAUCGUGGUGCUCAACCUAUUAUUAAUAUACCAUCAAGUAUAUUUUCAACAAAUGAACGACCACCUUAUGGACGUUAUACAAUGGAAGCAUGUCAUCAAAAAUCUUGUUCUUUAUGUUAUCCUUCUCGUCAAAUAGAAUCUAAAUCAACUGUACAACAUAUUUUUGUCAAUGGUUAUCGAUCGAUUUUAAAUUGUCCAGCAACAUGUACAACUCAAAAUAUUAUCUAUGUUCUUACAUGUCCAUGUAAACAAUUUGAUUAUAUUGGUGAAACAAGUGUAUCUUUACCACAACGUCUCACAUAUCAUCGAAAACAUGGCAAUCGUAUUAUAAAAGAAUUUCUUCUUGGAAAAAAAUUAACAAAUUUUAUUAAUCAAGAUACAAUAAAAUCUUAUGAAACAUUGGUAAAAGAUCGUAUGAAAUUAUAUCAACAUUUAUGUUAUUGUUCAGUAGCAAUGCAACAUUUCUUGGAUGAAAAUCCUGACUAUUGGUCAUUUAUUCCACAACGACUUACAGUUUAUGAAGAACAAGAACAAGAACGUGAAAUUAAAUUCGUUGAUCAUCAUCAAUAUCAAUUUGCUAAUGAUGUACCUGUACCAACGAAUACGAAUUAUCGUUUUACGACUGAACAAAAAUUGAAUAUUGAAGAAUUUUUUCAACAAAAGAAAUAUCUUACUCAAUCAAAUAGUCAUUUUGAUUUCUAUCAAGCUUCUAUCAUAGCCGUAUUACCAGAAAAAGCUUCAAGUGUAUUACGACGAUUUGUUGAAACUCUUUUCAUAACACAUGCUCAAACAAAAUUAAAUACUUUUGGCCAUUUAGAUGCUGACGAUUCAUUUAUUCGAGUUCAAUCAAAUGGUGAAUUAUGCUAUGAAAAUUUAGUUCGACCAUCGAUUUAG